AUGCUAUUGUAUUAUUUGGCUGCUAUCUUUAAAGGCUUGCAUCCUCGAGUUGAUGAUGACUUCGUGGAUAAACUCAACUAUCACUACACAUCAGCAAUCAUAUUUGCUUUUGCCAUUAUAGUAUCUGCAAAACAGUACGUAGGAUAUCCCAUUCAAUGUUGGGUUCCGGCUCAAUUCACAGACGCUUGGGAACAGUAUACCGAAAACUAUUGUUGGGUAGAAAAUACAUAUUAUCUACCGUUAACUAGCGCCUUUCCAUCUGAAUUUGGAGAACGAAGAGCUCGGCAAAUCAGUUAUUAUCAAUGGGUGCCAUUUGUACUUGCUCUAGACGCGUUAUGUUUUUACAUUCCCUGCAUUAUGUGGCGGGGUUUGUUACAUUGGCAUUCAGGCAUCAAUGUGCAAUCUCUUACUCAAAUGGCAUGUGAUGCUAGAAUGAUGGAUGCAGAUGCAAGAGCAGCAACGGUCCAAACAAUCGCUGGACAUAUGGAAGACGCUUUAGAAAUUCAACGCGAGGUCACUGAUGUGUCGGGACUUUGUGUGUCUAAGCGAUGGGGUAACUAUGUAACGUGCCUAUACGUGUUUAUCAAAAUGCUAUACCUAGGCAAUGUGGUUCUUCAGGUCUUUAUAUUGAAUAGUUUUUUGGGUACAGAUAAUUUGUUCUAUGGUUUUCAUAUACUAAAAGACUUAUUAAAUGGACGUGAAUGGGAAGUUAGCGGAAACUUUCCACGAGUUACCAUGUGCGAUUUUGAGGUUCGAGUCCUCGGAAACGUGCAUCAUCACACAGUUCAAUGCGUACUAAUGAUUAAUAUGUUCAAUGAAAAAAUAUUCUUAUUCUUAUGGUUCUGGUAUUUCAUGGUAUCAAUGGUUACCGUAGCAUCAAUGUUUCACUGGCUCCUCAUCUCAUUUUUGCCUGGUCAACACAUGAAAUUUAUUCGAAAAUAUCUUCGUGCCACCGAUCUGGCUACCGACAGACAAUCAGUCAAAAAAUUUGUACACAAAUUUCUUGGCUUUGACGGGGUAUUCUGUAUGCGCAUGAUCUCAGCACACGCCGGAGACAUCAUGGCAACUGAGCUCAUCGUUGCUCUGUGGCAUAAUUUUAAUGAUAGAGUAAGAAAGAGUCCUAUUGAAAUGUUUGAGGGCGGUGUUAGCCAAUCGCCAAACAAGCUUGAUGCCAACUUCAAAACAUGGCUUCUCGGUCAGACAAGGUCGAAGCCUCCUUUUGAUGGUUCCAAUUUGACACGAGCCAAACGACAACGACGAAAAUCUGACGGAUAUUUCACAUUUGUCUAG